UUAUUUUUAUUUUUUUAAUUAAAAUUAAAUAAAAAUUAAAUAAAAAUUCUCUCUCAUACUUUCUCUCUCUCCACACUGACAACAUGUCAUGAUUGAACUGUUACACCCCUCACCCCCCUUUUAUUUCCCUUCUUUCUAUAUAACCCCCAUUUCCUCUUCUCCCUUCCUCCCCAUCAUUUCCCACUCACAUCUCUCACUUUCUCUCUCCUCUUCUCAUUUUGACUCUCUGCAAUUUUUCUGGGUUUUGGUUUGGUUUUGUAAUAAUCUCAAGAACAAGAUGAUGGUAGCUGGGAAAGAAGAUUUGGGUUUAAGCUUGAGUUUAGGAUCUUCUAACAAUACUAGCAAUAUUGCUAGUACUAGUGGAAACAACAACAACAACAACCAUAAUCUUCUCACCCCCAAUAUUAAUCAAAAUAAUAAUAUUGGGUUUUUCAUGAAUCAUAAUAAUAUUAAUCGAGUUCAUCCUCAUCAGCCGCAUCAAACGACGUCGUCCAACGCUUCUCCUCUACAGCUUAAUCUCAUGAUGAUGCCUUCCUUAGCUUGUCCUUCUCCUUCUCCUCUUCUCCAGAAGCUUCCUUGGAAUCGCAGCACCGACUCCUUCCCUCCCUCUUCCGAUCGAAACUCGGACUCGAGCCGCUCGUUUCUCCGAGGAAUUGACGUAAACAGACCGGCCGGCGGUGACGAAGAGGACGCCGGAGUUUCAUCCCCGAACAGCACCGUUUCAACGGUGAGCGGGAAGAGAAGCUCCGGUGAACGAGACUCAACUACAACCGCCGGCGCCGGAGAUGAAAUCGAAGUGGAAAGAGCUUCUUCUCGUGGAUUAAGCGAUGGCGAUGACGAUGACGGCGGCGAAAACUCAAGGAAGAAACUCCGGUUAACAAAAGACCAAUCCGCCAUCUUAGAAGAAAGCUUCAAAGAACACAACACCCUCAACCCCAAGCAAAAGCUGGCUUUGGCAAAACGUCUUGGUCUCCGUCCACGUCAGGUGGAGGUCUGGUUCCAGAACCGUAGAGCAAGGACAAAGCUGAAGCAAACAGAAGUAGAUUGUGAGUUUUUGAAGAGAUGUUGUGAGCAAUUAACAGAAGAAAACAGGAGGCUGCAAAAGGAAGUGCAAGAAUUAAGAGCGUUAAAAUUGUCCCCACAAUUUUACAUGCAAAUGACCCCACCAACUACCCUCACCAUGUGCCCUUCUUGUGAGCGUGUGGCGGUCCCAACCUCCGCCACCACAUCAACCACACCUGCUCAGCCACAUCCACAACCACAAAUCCCUGAUCCAAGGCCCAAUCCGUCGGCCCACCAUCACAGGACCAUGCCCGUUAACCCAUGGGCAGCUGCCCCGGUCCCGAUCCGGUCCUUCGAAGCGCUACGUCCUCGGUCGUGAUUAGGGUGUUUUCGUCAUUUUGACAAGUUUUGGGGGUGAGAUCUGGAAAUAUAUGGUCGUGUAAUAUUUUGAUGUGGUCUUUAAUAUGUUUUGGUUUUUAUUGACCCAUCAAUCAGAUUAGAUAAAACCAACGGAAGAAAAAGAAAAAUGGAAUUUAUCUUUUUUUUUUAAUGUUUAGGUCCAUUUUAAUUUUAUUUUAAAAGAAAAUUAGAGCUAAUUUGGCUCCCUAGAUUCAGGAGAAAGUUAUGAAGGUGUAGGGAGAAAAGAGAACUAGAGAAGUCUCUUUUUAUUGUAAAUUAUUAUCAGUAUCUAAUUAAUUAAAUUUAUUAUAUA